ACCAAGAAAAAUUCUCCGAAAGAUAUAUUAGAGAAUGAGGACCAAGCUCAAGAAUCGGUAGGCAAUUCUUCAAGAAAAAGCAGUGCCGCGAGAUUACAUAACGAUGUAGAAAGGAAAACUAGGGGAACACAAGUUGAUAUGGACUUCAACGCCUCAAAAUCCGAAAAGAACUAUCUGGAGUCGUUCAUCUCGGGCGCCGAACGGAUUGUUCCAAGAGCCACCGUAUCAUCGGAUAUCCUUUCUGGUUCAGCAUUGGAAAAUGGGGAUAAAACUAAACAGACAGCCAGAAAGAGCCAGGGAAGCACCGAAAAUAACUCUCCGGAAUAUAUAUUAGAGAAUGAGGACCAAGCUCAAGAAUCGACAGGCAAUUCCUCGAGAAAAAGUAGUGCCGCGAGAUUACAGAACGAUGUUGAAGGGAAAACUAGGGGAACACAAGUUGAUAUGGACUUCAACGCCUCAAAAUCCGAAAAGAACUAUCUGGAGUCGUUCAUCUCGGGCGCGGAACGGAUUGUUCCAAGAGCCACCGUAUCAUCGGAUAUCCUUUCUGGUUCAGCAUUAGAAAAUGGGGAUAAAACUAAACAGACAGCCAGAAAGAGGGAGGGAAGCACCGAAAAUAAGUCUCCGGAAUAUAUAUUAGAUAAUGAGGACCAAGCUCAAGAAUCGGCAGGCAAUUCCUCGAGAAAAAGUAGUGCCUUGAGAUUACAGAACGAUGAAGAGGGGAAAGCUCAGGAAUUACAAAUUAAUGUGGACUUCACCGCCUUAACAUCCGAAAAUAACUCUCGGGCGUCGUUCAUCUCGGGCAUCGAAGUGAUUGUUCCCAGAACCACCGUAUCGUCGGAUAUCAUUUCUGGUUCAGCAUCGGAAAAUGAGGAUGAAACCAAUCAUUCCACGAGUAAAAACCGCCGUUUGGAGUACUUUCGAAGCGGCGCCGAUGCAGAUUGUCAGGUGCACGUCCUGAGCAGCUGUCCUUUAUCCGAUGAUCCGACGCCCAGUGUCUGCUAUAAAAAGUUCGGCUGCCACCGGAUUUUCCUGGCCACCGCCUCUGACAAACUGGAGCAGGAUGUGUAUCAAAAUAAGCAAUGGAAUGGUGUUUUGCAGAUCAAUGGCGUUUCUCCGGAGAGCGUGGAGAUUUUCCUGGAGUUCAUAUAUACCUUCGAAAUGACCUCCCCACUGAUUAAGUUAAACCUAGUGGGGGAUAUAUUUAUCCUGUCCUGCGCAUACAAUAUGCCGGAACUCCUACUAUCCUUUUCCGAGAAACUGAAGCAGCAGGAUUGGCCUCUGGAUGGAAUUUUACCAGCCUUUGACUUGGCAUUCCGUCACAACAUGCUAGAUUUGGAAAGAGUUUGCAUGGAGAAAAUCAUGGAGCAGAGGAUAAUGUUGGCCCAGGAACCCAGUCUGAUGAAGCUGCAGGUCUACGCCCUAAACUAUGUCAUCCAGCACUGGUUGGUGGCGGAGCUGCCCUUGGAUGACCUCAUCAACAUAUUAAAGCUGUACCAGGAGACUAACGAUAUCACCUUUGCCAACACCCAGAAAUUUCCGCACUUUACCAAAAUUAUCAAGUACUUUCCAAAUGUCCUUUUGGAUGCCGAGGGUUAUAUAAGCAAAUUUUAAUUUUUUUUUUAAAUAUAAUUUUCUCUUUGAUCGCUAUAAAAAAUAUUCAUAAAGAUGUCAGGAUAGCGAUGGUGGUUUAUUAUGAUCGUAAUGUUAUAAAAACUA